UGGUGUUUUUCUUUGCUCAUCCACAGAUCAUUCUUAAAUUUGUGAAGCCGCCGACUUCCGGUCUCCUCAAAGCAAAUUGUCUGCCCCAAAUCAAGUCAAAUCUGAAAUUCUCCAUGGCCUCUCACCGGCGGCUCUAAAUCUCCAACCGAACAAGUCGCCGGCACUCCUAAAUCCCUAAUUAACUCCGUUACCACCAGGCAGCAGCCCACCCCUUGAUGCUGCAAAGCUGAUAGCAAAGCCCUGAAUGAUGAUGCAUAAUUCCUGCCACCAAGAAGUUCUAGUCUUGCUAAAGUGGCUGAGAUAAUUGAAAGAAUCAUGGGUGAACAUUCUGCAAUACCAAAGAAAUCUGUGGUUAAAAAAAUGGUUAAAGGAAAGAAGAGGCAGAAAGGGACUUCAAAAACCAAGUUUGAAGAGUAUUUGGAAAUGGUGGUGCCUAGUGCUUCAAUAUCUACUCAGGAGGAUUUGGAACUGGAGAGGAAACUAGCUAAGAAACUGAAGGUGAAGGAUGGUAGAAUACGGGGUGAUGAUAGUCUCAAUGCAUUACUUGAAGGAAUCCCAUCUGUUCUAGAUUCUUCAAAGGAAGAUGUCCGAGAUGGUGGAGAAUUUUCUAAUGAGGGAUCGGUGGAUAUCUCUUCUAUUCAGAAGCGUAAAAAGAAAAAGUCAGUGGAGGAAGUGGUUGAAGAUGAGAAUUUAGGUGAUUCAAGGGCUGCAGAUUCUGUGCUGGAAGAAUCUUGUGGUGCAGCUGUGGCAUCACAAGAGGUUUCUGUCAAGGCACUUUCCCGGAAGAGGCGUAGGAAGAGGAAGUCUCCAGAAGAAGGACAAGAAUGUGGCAUCGAAAAUGAGACAGCCCUUGCUGUACCCCACCCUGUUGAAAGCCGUGAUAUGGAGAUGACAGUAAAUGAAUCCAAGUAUGUUGCUCCACACUUGAGAACUGUUGCAGGAAAUGAGUCACAAGAGCAUACAAUUCGUAAGCGGGUAAAAGCUCUUCUCCUAAAGCUGUCUGAAUCUAAUGUGGAACGCAUUACAGCAGAGAUGGCCUCAAUUUUCCGUUCGGCAAGCAUGGCAUGUUUAGUUGGAAUGGACUUCGGUGCAAAGCUUAUGGCUUCACUUGCCAAGUCUCUUGAGGAUGAGAACAUGCAAGAUCUUGCACUUCUGCUAUCUUAUCUAUGCAUCUUUGGAGUUUGUGCCUGUGAUUUAAUAUAUGAUUAUCUCAUCAUGUUGGGCAAGCGAUUGACAGAGAUUGAUGUCUCCAUUAUCUUGAAAAUUUUACAGGGCUGUGGGAUGAAAAUAAGGGGUGAUGACCCUGCUGCUAUGAAGGAAUUUGUUAUUAGUGUCCAAAAGAGGGUGAAUGAGUUGAAGGCCUCCUCUGGUGAUGGGCAGAUCAAGUACAGCAAAAGAAUGGAGCACUUGCUUGAAAGCAUAAGCAACAUAAAAAACAACAAGAAAAGAGAGGAUACAGCACAGCACACUCGAAUAAAUAAGUGGCUGCAGAAAUUAAGAGUUGAAAAUAUUUUAAUAAGAGGGCUAAAAUGGAGCAAGCUACUUGAUCCUGAGAAGAAGGGCCAAUGGUGGUUAUCUGGGGAUAUGGCUUCUACAACAGAUCAUGUUGAAGAGGUUGCAAGCAGAAUUGACAAAGAGGUUCUCGAAGCUCAGAAAAUGCUGCAGCUUGCUGCCUCACAGAGAAUGAAUACAGAUGCCAGAAAGGCAAUCUUUUGUAUAAUAAUGAGUGGUGAAGACUACAUUGAUGCAUUUGAGAAGCUUCUGAGGUUGGAUUUGCCAGGAAAGCAGGACAGAGAAAUUAUCCGGGUUCUUGUUGAGUGCUGUUUACAAGAAAAAGUGUUCAACAAGUAUUACACUAUUCUUGCCUCCAAGUUGUGUGAGCAUGACAAAAAUCACAAGUUUACUUUACAGUACUGUCUCUGGGAUCAAUUCAAGGAGCUGGAGUCAAUGCCACUUCUGAGAUCAAUGCACCUAGCAAAAUUCACUACAGAGAUGGUUGCUUCCUUCAAUCUAUCCCUUGCUGUCUUGAAAACAAUAGACUGGAGUGAUCCCAACAUGAUGACCCCUAAAAGGAUCAUGCAUUUCCGAAUGCUGUUUGAGGCCAUUUUUGAGUUUCCUGACAAGAUCAUAUGGAACAUGUUCACACGGAUAGCUGUGACCCCUGAGCUCGAAUCCUUGAGGCAAGGCAUUGAGUUCUUCGUCAAGGAGUAUGUUCUGAAAAGCAACAAAAAGGUGAUCAAUAAAUUUAAGGUUGCAAAGAAGGCCCUUAAUAAUUCCGAAGGAGUCCUUAUGUGAGUUGAAAUUUUUCCAGAGAUAUAGUCUUUUCGUUGAGCUUAAUUGUUCUAUUAGGCGUCUUCUCAUCUGUCAAAAACAAAGUUUGUAGGAACUCAUUUCAGUUAAAACCCAAUGACAGGUUAGAGAGGCUUGUGAGGUUACCAUUUGUCUGCUAUUUAAGUAUAUACUUGACAAGCACUGAUUUUUUUUAUGUCAACUUUUUCCCUUUUUUAUCAUGGGGAAUUUCGGUUGAGACUUUUUCCAGAAUUACUUGGGAGAUAUCAAUAUGGAGAAAGAGUGCAGUGUUAUACAAUUCAGG